AUGUCUGCGAUAACUACUACCGCUACUUUCCAACCGAUCUCCCAAAAGAUGAUGCGUUUGGGUUCUGCGAGAAGAUCCUCAUCUGUCUCCUCCUCUUUCCAACGAGGGCACGCGGCGAAGAUUGCCGCCGCGCCGAUGAUGAAGAAGAAUCAACAACGAUCCGCCUCUCGCUCUUUAAUCGUUCGCGCGGAGAAGUUUGACACGAAAGAACUCGUGAAAACUAUCUCGGAAAAGUGGGACGACACCGAAAACAAAGGCCAAGUGAUCACGUACGUCGCCGGUGCGACGGCCGCGUUGUGGUUGUCCUCCACCGUCGUCGGAGCAAUCAACGCCAUCCCGUUGUUGCCGAAAGUCAUGGAGUUGGUCGGUUUGGGAUACUCCGCCUGGUUCGUGUACAGAUACGUUUUGUUCAAGGAAUCGAGAAAGGAGUUGGAACAAACCGUGGACGAUUUGUUGACGAAGAUUUCUGACAUUUAA